GCUGUUGCUGGUGGUGUGCUGAUUGCUAGCUCUCUUUAAUUUACUUCAAUUUCUACAUUUACCCCUGUUUUCUUCCUCUUUCACCCUUCAUACUUACUAAUCCACCUUUAGCCUGCCUCCACUUUGCUCUACCCACCUAUUAAUCCACUCUUAGCUCACUUUUACAGACUUCUUCCACAGGUUUGCUGGAUUAGCUGUUUGCUGCUGCUGUUUGGUUUGUGUUAGUUUCUAAUUUCAACUGAAACAAGGCGAGUGCUUUUUUGUCAUGGCUACUGCUGGGUUUUUCUCUUGUUCAGAGUGUGGCAUGUUUAGUUUAGACCCCUUCUCCACCGAUAGUCAUAAUGAUAGUGGUGUUUGUUCAAAGUGCAAGCUAGUUAACUGCCUGGUAGAGAAGGUGGACAAGUUAGAGCUGCGUAUCCGGGGUUUAAUAAGGGAUAGACAGCAAGGGUCACUGUUAGCAGCCCCGGGUACACCAGGGAGAGCUAGUACCCCCUCGACUCCGGCCUUAGAGCCCCCACAGCAGGGCGAAUGGGUAACGUCUCGGCGGCAUAGUCGAAAGGCUAAGGCUAAUGCUACUGCAAAGGCCACAGCCAGCCCACCUGUACACCAUGCUCCCCCAGUUCACGUGUCAAACAGGUUUGCCCCGCUCAGUGAAGCACCCGCUGAGGAGCCUGUCAAAGGUACUCUGGUGAUAGGAGAUUCUAUCGUCCGGCACGUGAAAUUAGCUACUCCUUUAGGGGCACCAGCGGCUAGAGUUAUCUGCUUACCGGGAGCCAGAGCACCGGACAUUAGUGGCAACCUUAGGCUGUUAGCAAAUAGGAGAUAUUCGAGGGUAGUUAUUCAUGUAGGGGCCAAUGAUAUUCGUCUGCGGCAGUCUGAAGUAACUAAGGCUAAUAUUAAAGAGGUGGUUAAACAGGCCCAGACGCUGUCCGAAGAGGUAAUCUGUUCUGGCCCCAUCCCAAUGAGGCGUGGUGAUGAAGCUUACAGCAGGCUUUCUUCGCUGAACCGCUGGAUGUCCAAGUGGUGUACGGACAAUCAUGUGGGCUUUAUAGACAACUGGCUAAUGUUUGAGGGCAAGCCUGGUCUUUUAGGUAGGGAUGGUGUCCACCCCACGCGGGAUGGUGCUGCCUUACUUUCGUGCAGCAUACGCAGUGCCAUGUCGGCAACCCUCAGCAAGGGAGGCACAGGUGUAGUCUGGUCAGGCAGAGCAGGGGCUGAGAAGCUGCCGCACGUUCUAGGAGAACAUAAAGAGUUCUGCACACUGGCAGCGCAGUACACUCACACCUGCCACACUCUGAGGGACACACCAGCCUGUGGAUCAGAGCACCACCAGCAGGACUCACCUGUGUGGGAGCAGAUGGUGCGGGACAUGGAGAACCAGGCAGGGCCUCGUGCACCUGACGGCUCUUGA